CAUCGAUUCGAAUCGGUUUCGGGUAGAACGAAGCCCCAUUUGCUCAUCCCGAAGAGUUGGACUUUAUUGUAUCAGUUGUGUGUCAUGUGCGUCGAACGGAGGAAAGUAGAAAAGAAUUGACGCUUCUCCUGUUGGUUUUCACGCCAACGGGUGCCCCAACGUAUCCCCCUCAAUUAAAGGUUAAAACAUCAACCGCUGGUGUGUUCAUGUUUAAUUGGGGUUUGCAGGAAAUCUUCUUCCCUGAGCUGAAUCUGAAUCUGAAAUAAUCUCAUCUUGAGGAGAGAUGUUGCAGGCUCUCCUUUCCAACUCACAUAUGGCGGCACUGGUCAACCCGUGUACUAAAUCCAAGUGCCAUCUCAGCCGUCCAACCACAGGCGUUCGGUUCUCUCGCCAGUUGAACUGCCGCCAAUUUAUCUCCUCACAACGUGUUCGAUGUUUUCCCUCUGUGAGGAGCGGUAUUGUGCCGGCAUUUGAUUUGCAAGGUGGCAAAGGAAUGAGUAGGUUCCUUGAUGUUGAGCUUAAAGUUCGUGACUACGAACUAGAUCAGUAUGGUGUUGUAAACAAUGCCGUCUAUGCAAGUUACUGCCAACAUGGUCGUCAUGAACUCUUUGAGAGUAUGGGCAUCAGCCCUGACGCAGUUGCUCAUACAGGUGAAGCAUUGGCACUCUCAGAGUUGUCCCUCAAAUUCCUUGCACCAUUAAGAAGUGGUGAUCGAUUCGUUGUGAUGGUCAGGAUAUCUGGCUCUUCUUCUGCACGGUUAUUCUUUGAGCACUUGAUCUACAAGCUACCAAAUCAAGAGCCCAUUUUGGAAGCAAAGGCAACAGCUGUUUGGCUGGACAAAAAUUACCGUCCUGUCCGAAUUCCGACAAAGGUGAAAGCGAAGCUAGUUCAAUUCCUUCGUAGUGAGGAAUCCUGAGAGAUUACUUUGCUUGGAGCUUUAAUGGUAGAAAGGUUUCUUGGUCGAAGGGCUUACUAGUUUGGUUAAUCUAUCUACAAACUAGCGUUGAAUGCAUUACUUAUCAUGUGAAUCACAUCGACUGGUUCAUGCUUCAAAGCUAGAAAUAUUUUGAGGAUUGGAUAUUGUUUUGUUUCUUCAAAUAAUGCUAUUAGAUCUACAAAUGUACGGGUGUUAAAGGGAUGUGGAAACCUUGAUCAUUGGUUUCUAUAUUUAUUACCAUCCUCCCACAUGACACGGGGUGGGAAUAAGUUGAAACUCUAA